CUAUCUUUCACUGUCUUUCCCCGUGUUUGGGCUUUAUCCCUUCUCCUCAUUUCUCCCCAAAACUACACUCUCAUCCCCCACAUUCUAUAUUUCCGUUGAUCUCCCACAUACACAUUGCCCCUCAUGCCUGGCGCUGAUAGGAAACCCAAGACCUUGUAUGACAAGGUCCUGGAUCACCACAUUGUCAACGAGCAGGAAGAUGGUACUCUCCUGAUCUACAUUGACAGACACCUUGUCCACGAAGUCACAUCUCCCCAGGCCUUUGAGGGUCUCAAGAAUGCUGGUCGCAAAGUCCGCCGGCCGGACUGCACUCUGGUGACCGUUGACCACAACAUCCCCACCUCCUCCCGCAAAAACUUCAAGAACGUUGAUGAGUUCAUUAAAGAGAACGACUCCCGUCUGCAAUGCAGCACCCUCGAAGAGAACGUCAAGGACUUCGGUCUCACAUACUUUGGCAUGGGCGACAAGCGUCAGGGUAUUGUCCACAUCAUCGGUCCCGAGCAGGGUUUCACCCUUCCCGGUACCACCGUCGUCUGCGGUGACAGUCACACCUCUACACACGGUGCCUUUGGUGCCCUUGCCUUCGGUAUCGGUACCAGUGAGGUCGAGCACGUUCUCGCCACUCAGACCCUCAUCACCCGUCGCAGCAAGAACAUGCGCAUCCAGGUCGAUGGCGAGCUGCCCGCCGGUGUCACCAGUAAGGAUGUCGUCCUACACAUCAUCGGUGUCAUUGGUACCGCCGGAGGUACCGGUGCCGUUAUCGAGUUCUGUGGUUCCGUCAUUCGCAGCCUGAGCAUGGAGGCCCGUAUGUCCAUGUGCAACAUGUCUAUCGAAGCUGGUGCCCGUGCCGGUAUGAUCGCUCCCGAUCAGAUCACCUUCGACUACCUGAAGGGCCGUCCUCUCGCUCCCAAGGUCGACAGCCCCGAAUGGACCAGGGCCGUCAACUUCUGGUCCAGCCUCGCCUCUGACGAAGAUGCCGUCUACGACAAGACCGUCAUCAUCGACGGCAAGGACAUCAUUCCCACCGUCUCCUGGGGUACCUCCCCCCAGGAUGUCAUCCCCAUCAACGGUGUCGUUCCCGGCCCCGAUGACUUCGAGGAUGAGAACCGCAAGCUCGCCUGCAAGCGCGCUCUUGAAUACAUGGGCCUGACCGCCGGCACCCCCAUGAAGGACAUUACGGUCGACAAGGUCUUCAUUGGUUCUUGCACCAACGCCCGUAUCGAGGAUCUCCGCGCCGCCGCCAAGGUUGUUCGCGGCAAGAAGAUUGCCUCCAACAUCAAGCGUGCCAUGGUCGUUCCCGGCUCCGGUCUUGUCAAGCAGCAAGCCGAGUCCGAAGGCCUCGACAAGAUUUUCUCUGACGCCGGCUUCGAAUGGCGUGAGGCUGGUUGCUCCAUGUGCCUGGGCAUGAACCCCGACAUUCUCUCCCCCCAGGAACGCUGCGCCAGUACCUCCAACCGUAACUUCGAAGGUCGCCAGGGUUACGGCGGUCGCACCCACCUGAUGUCCCCCGCCAUGGCUGCCUCCGCCGCCAUCGUCGGCAAGCUGGCUGACGUGCGCGAGCACCUCACCUCCAGCCCUGUCCUCGGCAAGGUGCAGCCCAAGAUCGACGUGCAAGAACAGCUGCACGAAGAGCCCACCACCGAAGAUGAAGUCGAGCGCAUCAUGGACCUCCCCGCCGACAACGAACCCCACACCAACUCUUCUGCCACCGCCACCUCCUCCGCCGGCCUCCCUAAGUUCACCACCCUGAAGGGUGUCGCCGCCCCGAUGGACCGUUCCAACGUCGACACCGACGCCAUCAUCCCCAAGCAAUUCCUCAAGACCAUCAAGCGUACCGGUCUUGGCAGCGCUCUGUUCUACGAGCUCCGCUACAAGGACGGCGCCGAGGAUCCCUCCUUCAUCCUGAACCAAGGCAUCUACCGCAACUCGAAGAUCCUCGUUGUCACCGGCCCCAACUUCGGCUGCGGUAGUUCCCGUGAACACGCCCCCUGGGCCCUCCUCGACUUCGGCAUCAAGUGCAUCAUCGCCCCCUCCUUCGCCGAUAUCUUCUUCAACAACACCUUCAAGAACGGCAUGCUGCCCGUCGUCAUCAGCGACGAGGCCGUCCUGGCCAAGAUCGCCGCUGAGGCCCACGCCGGUCGCGAAGUCGAGGUCGACCUGGUCAACCAGCAGAUCAAGGACGCCGCCGGUAACAAGCUCGCCGACUUUGAUGUCGAUGGCUUCCGCAAGCACUGCCUGAUCAACGGUCUCGAUGACAUUGGUCUUACUCUGCAGAUGGAGUCCAAGAUAAAGAACUUCGAGAACAAGCGGACCAUCGAGACCCCUUGGUUGGAUGGCAGUGGUUACUUGAAGCGGGGUAACCGUGGCGGCGCUACUAUGGUGCAGGCGGCGCCAGUGCCCAAGACCAACAGGGGCGAUGUUAAGUCUGAGCCUCUGGAGUGGUAGAUUGCAUACAUUUCGGGGUUGAGAGUGAACUCUUGCUUUUUGAUUUUGAUUUUUCUGGUUGAUAUGACUUGAUGAUGAAGCUGGAUUACGGGGUUUCCUUUUUAUCAUUUUACUAUUAUUUUUUUCUUGACUCGAUUUCGGCUAUAUAUCACUUUUGUUUUGGGGAAAAAUCACUUGCAUCUCGGCAUAGGAAGGACAAAUACCAUAUGAAUAGGGUUAAUAAAUAGAAACAACAACAAGAAAACUUGUCUUCAU